AUGCGCCCUGUGGACGAGAUCCGGCUACGAUGGCGCGCAACACAAACCCACGGCGCAAGUCGCGAUGACAUGCAACGUGCCGUGCGGUACACUGGCACCGCCAGCCCGUGCAUCUCCGGUCUGAGGUCUGUCUGCUGGAAGCUCCUCCUCUUGUCCAAGACGAACGAUACAGACUGGAUCAGUGUCUUGUCCGAGGCGCGCGACGAAUAUCAGAAACGCAGAGAUGCGCUGCUGCAGUACAUCAAGCACCCAGGCGCCCUAGCCGAGCUCAAGGUUGAUCCGCUGGCGGAUGAUCCCACCUCUCCUUGGAACACCAUUCGGCAAGACGAGCUCAUCCGCUCAGAGAUUCAACAGGAUGUGCAAAGGCUGCCCGACGAGGCCAACUACCAUGAUGAGCGCAUACAGACCAUGAUUCUGGAUGUGCUCUUUGUCUACUGCAAGAUGUAUCCCGACAGGGGCGGAUACCGCCAGGGCAUGCACGAGUUGCUCGCACCCAUCGUCCACGUACUCGAGGCAGACGCCGUCGACAGGGGCGCACUUGCUGAUGAGCAUGGCCUGGACGAGACCUUACUUGAUCUUACCAGCUCGGAAUUUGUUGAGCACGAUGCCUACGCCCUGUUCUGCAAAGUCAUGGACGGCGCUCAGUCCUUCUAUGCUCUUAACGAUGAGGCGACAUCGCGGAGCCAGGCCCAGUCAUCCACGAUUGUGGAGCGCAGCAAGUUCAUACACGAAGUCUGCCUCCAAAAGGUCGACCCUGAGCUGGCAGCACACCUCAUCAGCGUGGAGAUCCUUCCUCAAAUAUUCCUCAUACGUUGGGUCCGGCUGCUCUUUAGCCGCGAAUUUCCCUUUGACCAGUUCUUGAUGCUGUGGGACACAAUCUUCGCAGUCGACCCAUCCUUGGAUUUGAUAGACCUCAUCUGUGUGUCGAUGCUGAUACGGAUACGCUGGCAGCUGCUCAAAGCUGAUUAUUCUGUCUGCCUACAGCUUUUGCUGCGAUAUCCGCCGCCAGACGAAGCUAAGGGGCCGCGCACCUUUGUCGACGAUGCCUUGCAUCUUCGAGGUCACCUCGACGGCGCCGGUGGCUCCACGCUCAUCAUGAAGUACACAGGCAAGAUGCCCGCCAACGUCAAAUCGCCCGAUAUCUCAGCGCCCUCGACCCCUAGCUUCCGCCCUUUCAACGCCCUCCGCCAGCGCAGCCUUGCCAUGCGCUCACCCUUGAACUCACCGCCCGCCUUCAUGGCCCAGCAAGCUGGCGUCGAAGCCAUUCUCUCCAACGCCGCCAAGGGUGCCAAGGGUGUGCUCGACCGCGGCGAGAAGCUGGGCAUCAAUCAAGCGGUCCGCGACGCCAUGGGUGAGAUUCGCCGAAACAUGCAGAACUUUAACGAGGCACGCUACCAGCCGGGGCCGACCAAGGAGAUCCUUAGCGAGGAGGGCGCCGCUGCCGCGUUGGCGGCGAUGGAGAAGCGGAACCUGCAGUUGGCGUGCAUGCUGGACGACACGAUUACGAGUCUCAAGUUGGUGUCGGCAGGGAACUUAGCGGGCGACGAGGAGAAGACUAAGAGUCUGGAGAUGAUUGAGGUGGCGGCCGCCAAGAUUCAGUUUGUCAAAAUCUACCUCGAGGACUCGGCCAUGGAGAUGCCGGCUACUGAUCUGCCCGCGCCAGAGAAAGACGUUGACGCCCCGGGCACGGAUGCAAAAGAAGCCGCCGCUGGCACCACCGUAGUGGAUGUCGACGACGUCAACAAUAUCUCGAACCUCAGCCUGGCGCGGGAUGCACCCACCAUCGAAGACGGCCGAGCUGCAGAGCUAGCCGAGAAAAGGGACACUGAGUCACCGAAACCUGCGCCCAAGCUGGAGCCACCAAUGUCCGCGGCCUCGCGUGCUGUUCGCCCAGCAGCCGUGCCGACGCGGUCGACACUGGCGCAGUCGUCGUUCUCUUGGAUGCUCGAACCGGACGAGUCCAAGAAGAGCUCGGGCGAGGCCGAGGCCAAGGCCAAGUCGCCGCCGCCGUCAGGCUACAAGAAGCGGUCGUCGAACAGUGCGAGCCGCGAGAGAAAUGCGUUCCUCUUUGGUGAGCCAACGGCCGAUCCCCAAGGUCGCGACCCGCUACGCGAUGAUAUCUUUGGCCUGGAGCCACUACGCAAGACAUGA